GUUUGCAUCUCUGUUUUGUUGUGAUUUGAAGGUAAAAUGGCAGUGUUCCGCAAUGCUGUGGAGAUAUUUAUUUAGGAACUUGCUGGCGAUGUGCGUGUUAGACAUCUAAGGCAUGAACCAUGUCCGCUGCCAUGACCAUGAAGACCUCGGCAGCUGAAUAUUUUGCUUCCCUCUCGCCUGUCAAAUGUGACAGCCGAGCAGGGGGCGUAGGUGCUGGCAGUCGCGGGGGGCGCUGCCACUGCUGCCCCUAUGGCUACCACAUCGACCUGGACUUUGUCCGCUUCUGCCACAGCCUUGCCAAGGACAACAAGCAGGAGUCUGCCACGCUCAGGAAGCUGAAGCUGUCCAAGAAGCAGCGGCGCCGGGAGACCCACAGCAUGGAGAUGAUGCUGGGACUCGCUUCUCACCAACAACAGGACGUGGGUGACGUGGCGGGUGUGACUGGUGUGACAGGUGUAACGGGUGUGACGAGUGGAGGCAGGGACCCCCCACCACCACCCCCAGUUCGCGGCAACUCCCUGCAGCACCCGUCGCUGGUGUCCAGGCGCAUCACAAACAUCGUCAGUGCCACACCCAGCGUCCCCCACGGCCGCGGCCACACACCCGCUGCUCCCCACCUUCAGGCGCUGAACGGUGACGCGCGCCGCAGCCUCGCCGACCGUCGGCCGAGCGACGCCCUGGGCGACCUCAGCGCCACCGAGGCGGCGGCCAGCGCCCUGCAGGAAGCGAUGCAGGACUUCGAGGAUACGCUGGAGAGCUCCCACGACAACAGCUCCCGCAGCCGCCCCACGGCCGCCCCCAGCGACACCCACGCCGCGUGGGGAGCCCUCGCCCCGCACCGCAAGCAAGCUAUCGGAGGCGUAAACAAAGCCAUGGUGGCAUCAAUGUUGGCUCAGGCUGCGGUGAGCGGCGUGCGUAGCGCCAGCGUCACGCGCUCCAACAGCCUCCCUCGAUACUUUCCCGACGAGUCCACAUGGUUCUCCCGGGGACGGCCGUCACCACAUCAGCCCGGCAGCGGUGGCGGCGGUGGCGGGGGCCACAUGACGCUCAGGGAAGCUUUAGCCUCGCUUGAAGCUACUAAAGGUGGCGGCAGAUACUCGCCCCCGCCCCCUCCUGACGACCUCAUGAGCGUUACUUCCACAGCGUCGCAGCUCUCCACCAGCACCUUGCAGUCCAUCCGAGACCAAAUGGCGGCCGGUCUCAGCCGCUUACGAGAACUCGAGGCUGAGGUAGCCAACAUCCCUCACUUGAAGAAGGAGCUGGAUAGACUGCGGUGCGAGCGAGAGCAGCUUCAGGAGGCGGUUUCACAGUCACGCAAGUUUACUAAUGUAGAGAUGAGGCGAGAGGUCGUCUCGCAGGACCUCAGGGAAGACGCUGGCCUCCCCGGCAGGCGACGUCGCAGCCCCUCACCGGUGCGUGUCAACUUGGAAGAAUUCUGCUCCUAUCGCCGAGCUCGAGCGAGUUCAGUGUCUGACUGCUCAGAUUCUGAAUCCGUUGCGUCUGAACGCCCCUAUAGAGCAGCCAGAUCCAUGACCACCGCCAGCGCAAGCCGAAACAAUAAAAAUUCUUUCAGUGAUAACAAUGAACGCUCAAAUCUUUCCAACGGCCAGGCCAAGUCUCCGGUAAAGAAUGAGACGUUCCGCCAUAACGGAACGCACAGUCUUUUCAUCAGUGAAGUAGGAGACCGGCCGUCGCAGCAGCAAGGCGAGAGGGAAGGGGUCAAUGCCUGGUGGGGCACACGAGGGAAGGAGAAGAGGGACGCCUCGACGUCGUGUCGGGUGCUCACACGGGACGUGGGCAUCGUUCAUGCCGUGCGGGUUCGUUCCGUGGGACUCACGGCGGACAUGACGUCGAAGGUCGUGGACCGCGCGGUGUCUCCCAUGAAGGAGACUUCAUCGCUCAGGGACCUCAAGCGACCGUCGGUGGCGAAUCUUCUCACCGUGGACCGCUCCACCCAAACCAUCGAGGAAAAGAAAGAUGCGCGCACGAAGCUACUCAGUGAGUUGGGUCGCCAAAAUUCCUCAAUAAUAAGCAGAAUGUCUGAGGUCCAAAAGGACCCUCCAGCACUUUUGUUUGAUAAUUCAACGAAUACAGAGAAAUUGGUCACUAGGACACAAGCGAAUAAUACUGACCAACUCCGCGUUAGGAACCAAAACACGAACACCAUUCUACUGGCUGAGCAAAUAAUUACCAAAGACCUCGUGGACGCUGAGGUUAAUGAACGCGUUCAUUUGAGGGUACAAGAGUUCAUGCAGCAAGCGCGGGAGGAUUGGGAGGCAGAAUUGGAAUCGCUUGUAAACGAGAGGGUAGAAGAUCAAGUUGGAACAAUAAAAAGGAAGUAUAGUCUGGAAGUCGAUAAAGAAGUGAAUGAGAGAUUAACUUAUAACUUGGAAACUGAAAAGCUGAAACUCGAACGUGAAAUGACGAGAGAAAUUGAGUCUAGAGUCGCCAUGGAAGUGAGCAAGGCAAGGGAAGCUUGGAGUCUUUCGGAACAGCGCAAAUUGCCUACUAAACCUCUUACUAGAGACAGAUCCACUCAAUCUGUCCCUGUGCUUGAGCCUAAAAUCGACGACGAGAAAAAGACGAGCGUGCGUACCGUGGCCGUAGGUGAAGGCAGCGUCAGCGACCUGCUGUGUGACCGUUGUUGUGUUGCGAAACGUAGUAUCGGCUGCAGUUGGGACAAAGUAACUGACGUAGUUUGCGACUCGUGCCAAGACCGCAAGAAUGCUAUCACGCUCAAGCCUCUAUCAAAAUCUUCCUAUGCCCAAACUGUGCCUCCCAUCCCUAAGAUGUUGUCUUCUGCUUCGUGUCAAACGUCGGUUGCGAGCUCCAAAACUGUGGGCACAAAUACCGUGUUUCUGCCUCUCAAGAAAGAAGAAAGACCUGCCACCAGUCCUGUUGUCACUCCUGAGGUUGAGAGACGACCUUUUGGUAGUUCCAGCAUCAACAUCUGUGAUAAGUGUCACGACACGAUUACUUCUGUUGCGAAGGAUAUUGUUGGCACUUCUGGGUCCACUACAUCUCUUGGUUCCGGCCUUCCAGUUAUCAUUCCGCUUCCACCGUCAGGAAAUUCAUCUAAAAUCCCUCGUUUGGUGGAUCCAUUCAAAUUGGAACCGACCCUUGGAGAAGUAGGAGCUGGUUUUGAAAUCGACUCAAAUCUAAGAAGAUCUGAUAGUCGUUUAGACCGACUUAAUCUGAGUAAGGAGCAAGAGUCUGCUCACGUCCAGCUUAGGAAGAGGUCGUCUAGCACUGCUGACGAUCCCAGACGAAAUUCUUUGCCUCCUCCAACUGAAACUACAUCUGAAAAGGCGAAGGUUCCGUUUAACAGACAACAAACUUACACAAAGCUGGCCGAUGAAGACUACAAAACAGGUGUUGGUGAGGCAUCUACUACUGAAGUUCAGUCCAGAAAGAUGUCGGCGCUUGAAGAGCAGGAAGAGGAAGAAGGGAAACCUGGUGCCGCAGCCACACGGAGAAAUGUUAACGUUUAUCGCCGCGAACGGAGCUCCCCUGAAAUCUCUGUAAAGGAAAACUGGCCUCGACGUGUCCCUACUUCUGCAGCUAGAGACGUUGCCGGUAAAAAUGUUGCUCAGCCGUCAACAACCGGAGUGGACAGCUGGCAGCGAGAGAUGACAUCUUACGAGAGCAAGCGAGAAGCGUCGAGAGGGUCUGCCGAACGCGAGACUGAGAAGCCUGACGCGAGCGCACCGAGCCAACAAUGCCAGGAGCUGUCACCCUCCACUCCGAGGAAGGCCACCCCGUUCCCCCAGCCACCUGCGCCUACUGUCAAUUUGUCAGCAGCUUCUCCUUCAUCUUCUUCUUUCCAAAAGUCAUCCUCGUCUCCUCCUCCUGCAAGUAGGGCUGUAGCGGGACAAAUUUCAGCCCCUGCACCCCCUGCUUCAGAUGGCGCUGAAGCAGCUCGCCUGCAUCGCGGAGCUUCAGUCGACGAGAGCGAGAUGCUUGACUCUGGGGACGAGAGCAUCGUGGGCAGCAGUGUUGCUGACUCGUACAGCGUUACAUUGGACGGCCGAGCUCCUCGACAGAAGCUGAAGCUCAGCCGUGGCUUACGAGCAGCUCUUAAAGUCCUCAACGACAGCAUCGGCAAACCCGUACGCUCGGGUCAGCAAUUGACCAACGCUCUGAAUAUCAUACAAAGAGACUGGUUCAAAGUGUCCAGCCAAAACGACUCUGAUCCUCACCUCGUUGAGGAGUAUCUGGAUGUGUUCGAGAUGCAGUAUUCCAAAGGCCUCUUGCACCGCGUCGUCAACCUGGCUGAUGUGAACGGCAACACGGCAAUGCACUACGCCGUGUCGCAUGGAAACUUCGAUGUGGUUUCCCUUCUGCUAGACUCGAAAGUGUGUAGCGUAAAUCAACAGAAUAAAGCUGGCUACACGGCCACGAUGCUGGUAUCUCUUGCGCCCAUCAAGUGCACGGCUCACGCGGCCGUCGUGGAACGGCUCUUCUCGAUGAGCGACGUGAACGUCAAGGCAGACCAGCACGGCCAGACGGCCCUCAUGCUCGCCGUCAGCCACGGCCGUCUCGACACCGUGCGCCUGCUGCUCGCCGCUGGAGCGGACGUGAACAUCCAGGAUGACGAUGGCUCGACAGCGCUUAUGUGUGCGGCGGAGCACGGGCAUCUAGCGAUCGUGCGCUUCCUGCUGCAGUCUCCCGACACGGACGCGCACCUCGUCGACAACGACGGCAGCUCCGCCCUGGCCAUCGCAGUGGAGGCGGGUCACAAGGACGUGGGUGUGCUGCUCUAUAAACACAUGAACCUUGCCAGAGGCUCGUCGCCUUACUCCUCCCUGCGGGGCCACCGACGUAGCCGAACUCCCACCCUACCGCGGUCGACGACCCACACGCCCCCUGCCAGGUUCUCAGCGCCACCCUCGCCGGGGCGGUCCAGACGAGGGUCUGGCCCGCCUUCACCCCCUGGGUCACAUCACAACUCCCCUCACACCGUCAGACAUAAGCCAUCGUCUGCGUCCCUUUCUAACCUCAACUUCUAAUGUUUCGUUCAAUUAUGAAUCUUAUGAACACGUUCAUGGUGAUAUCGAUCCGCUGUUUAAGGUAUUUUUUAAGCUUAUGUUGUUCAGAAUCUAACACACAUGAAAAUCUUUGCAUGUUGCAUGCGUAAUACCGUGUCAUAGUUACAUUAAUUGCCUUACUAGCCGCAUCCUCACUCGGAUGUCAACUUUAUUUAUGCUAUUUCCAUUGCUGGCCUAUUAUUGCAUCAUUGCUUGAGGGAACUCUUCCUGUAUGUUCAUCGGUCGACGAUCGUUGAAACCUGGUGCCAACCCAUGUCGGUUAUUUCGUGUUGUCAACUUGUGUAGAUAAGAUAUGAUGGCGCAUGAAGAUACGAUGAGCCAGGAUCAUGAAUUUUGUGGCUACUUGGUUGCGUUCGGUAGCGUUCUUCCCAUUCUUUAUGAUUUAUUUAAAGAAUCGCGGAAUGAUUUUAAACAUUUAUUUGUUUAUCUUGCAUCUGAUUUGCGUUUUGUCAACAUUCCGUGCCUCACGGACCACUAAAUUUUAAUGUAUUGCGAGGUAAUCAGGCUUUUGGAAUUUUUCCAAUGACCUCUCAUGGAAAACUUAGGACUAAACUUCCUUUUUAUCUAUUUAAUAAUUAUUAACUGAAUACCGGGUAAGUGAAGUUAUUCCUUGACGUUUACUGAAUAAAAAAUGUUAUUUAUCUCGAAGUAAUUUAAUAUGAUAUUGUUCCCUUCUCACUUGUAAUGGUUUUACUGAAUCUUUGUUACUUUGGUUUCGUUGGAGAAGCAAAUGUAUUCCUUCCCGCUAAUGUUGUUUGCAGUGUAAUCUAACCGUUCAUGCUUUGUAUUUGUUCACUGAAUAAUGCGUUUUCUUUGUCUAUUUAAUGUUCAAAUUGGGUCUCGAUAAGUCGAACUCUAAUUUAAACAAUAAGGCACUCGCCUGUUGCAAAGCAAAAGCUUUGAUGUUUUUAGUUGUUUAAAAUUUGUAAUAUCUAUAUUUAACUUUGACUGCAAAUGUGUUUGACUGUGUUUAUAUUGUUCCGCCUCGGAUGUUCUUACCGUGCAUAAUAAGGAACGCUGCAGCUUCUCAGUAAUUGCAGAUGUUGGUAUACUAUCUCACGCUGUUGUUGGUCACCCCCGAAAUACGUAUGAGGGCGUUUUCUAGAGCAAUCUCAUUGUUACGUCUAACCGUUUUUAAAUUGCUUUUCUUCUUAUUUGCUACUUAAUUUAGCCACUAUCAAGUCCCACUUGGACCAGCCUGCCGACAACAACCCUAACAAAAUUCGGAUGUGUACCUGGCACAGCAACAGGUCCCUCUUAGGAUUCGGGGAGCGCUUUAUAGAAGUCGCAUAUUCCCUCUUUGGUCGGACCUGAAGUGCAGCCUCGGGGCAGCACUCAAGCUCUGUAUGACUUGGCUUCGGUCAACACAUGUUAUACUCUCGGGCGACUAUAAAGUGUGAAAGUAAAUGAUCUUUAGGAUCUGAUUACGAUCGGGUGCCCAAGCAGAUCCAGACUAACUUUCGGCGAGAAUAAACAGGAGUGUAGUGAUUCCAGGGCAGAAGCUUUGGUGUUGCCCGAGUUUUUAUUAAAUAAUAGUCUUAUGAGGAUAACAGUCUUAUGAGGUUACAGAUGAUAACAGUCUUGUGAGGUUACAAGCUUGUGCAAUUUGCUCGUUGUGGUGGUCGUUGAUUUUUUAAACGUCGCUGGAACGUUUAGAUAAAGGGGGUAAAAUUAUGUCAGUUCUUAAUUUGUUUCUGAGCUUUAUCAAUAUUUAUCGUUAGAAGUUUCCAAUAUAUCCUGAUAAUUUCCUCGGUCUCUGUUGCAUGUAUCAUUUCACGUCGCUUCCACUGAUUCUAGAAUGUUUUUAAAGCCAAGUUGCUUAGCGUGCUAUUGCAAAGGUCGCCAGAUCGUCCAGAGCUCAUUGUUGCCUUAUUACCAAUGUUACUUUUGUAUGUUAUACUCUAGCAACAUUUCUGAGUAAUGUUUGCUGCAGUUUGAUCAGAAGAUCAGAUGAGAAUUGGGUAAAUAAGAGUUUUCGCCCUGCAAAUAUUGCACGACAACGUUCAACUUGUCAGCCUCUUUACCACUAAUGUCUAUGAUGUCAACAUAAUUAAGCCAAAAAUGUACAAAUUGGGAAGGAAGGAAGAUCUAAUGCAAGUUAAAAACAAGCUCUCUUAGCUGUUAAUCGAAACUGGCGUUUGCAGGCCAUAUAGGCACUUCACACAAAUCUUUCCGUUCAUCCUCUCCUACGUGUAAGGCGAAUUCACGGUUCCAUCAGUAAGGCAAAUUUUGCAUUCGAUCGUAACGUUUGCAUUCCAUUUCAUUCCUCGUAACUUGAUUGAUUAAAAAUGUAUCUGAUGUGUGCAUUUCAGUUUCUAAGACACGUGUUAGGCUUGAAGCAAGUGUUGUGCUACCAACAAGCAAUUUUUUCGUGCUGCCAAAGCAUUUUUAUGAAGUUCCAUAUUUUUUGCAAUUCUUAAUUCUAGCAGCUUGAUUUUUUUUCAUGAUAAGCUUUAAAACUUCGUUGCUUGCGUGACUUGUACCGGUAUCUCUCGAUAUGUUUUAAUAGUUCUUUACUUUCGCAAUAAAGCUUUAUAGAUGAAUAGUGCACUUUAAAAACGAGUUAACCUAUUCAUCAUGGACAAACCAUGGCGAUCAUGCUUUAAUCAAUGGCGACUUCUGCGCACGAGGUGAUUGUCAUUAAUAAAAGAAAUAAUUGUUUUUCCCUAAUUGUGUGUUGUAUUGUUGUGGGUUCAAUACGAGCAUUAUUGUAAUGGUUAAUAAUAAGUUGCGAGUUGCAGCUGUCAGUGCCAAAUAUCGGGGGUUUAAUACCUGUUGGCAGCUCAUAUGAAUCUGCUUUUAAAAAUUGUUACAAACUAUACAGUUUAACUUCUGUGUUUAAUUUUUACUUAUAUCGGGAUGCUUCCUUGCAAGUAUAUUGUAUCAGUUUUU